GGAGGUAAACAUUGCAGAGUGUUGGAUUGGUCAUUCAAAGGCGGGUCCUUUGGUUUUCCUUGUUUUGGAUCGUACGGCCUCACGUCAGUGAAAUUAGUGAGCGCAAUGAGACAACAUCUGUCCGAGAAAGUGGAUUGACGUAUAAUUUAUUUUUGUGAUAAAUCUUCGAUUGGAUUAAUCUGAGAAGUAACAAUUUUGAGGAAUUAAGUGGUACUUUGACGCAGAACAAUUUUAUUGAACUAUCCGACAAUUUAUCGUUUUUUCAAUAGUCAUUGUUGAGUGAGGUUGUGGUAAUUUAAUGUCAAUGCGACGGAAUCUUCAGACGCAAACAUAAUUCGUCGAGUGAAGUAUUGAGAAUCCACGAAGAUGGUUGGCUACUACCAUCCCGACUCAAUAAGUCAGCCUCGUCAUCCGCACGUGAUGCCGGACGUUGUUCCGAAGCAAGAUCCCCUGAAAUCUCUAGUAUGUUCACCAGACCUCACAAUCUUUCCAUCCUCGACCUUAACCCGCCUAACUCCAGCCCCCCAGCCAUCACCCGAGAAGCCCUAUCAGUGUCUCAUCUGCCAAAAGACAUUCGACCAGAAGAACCUCUACCAGACUCACCUCCGUUCACACGGUAAAGACGGUGAGGAUCCUUACCGCUGUAAUAUAUGCUCCAAGACUUUUGCAGUCCCAGCCCGUUUGACCCGGCAUUAUCGCACCCACACGGGUGAAAAGCCCUAUCAGUGCGAGUACUGCAACAAGUCCUUUUCGGUUAAGGAAAACCUAAGUGUCCACCGCAGAAUUCACACGAAGGAACGCCCUUACAAGUGUGAUGUAUGCAGUCGUGCAUUCGAACAUUCUGGCAAACUUCACAGACACAUGAGGAUACACACGGGUGAGCGUCCUCACAAAUGUUCGAUAUGCUCCAAGACCUUCAUCCAGUCUGGCCAGCUCGUAAUCCACAUGCGCACACACACAGGAGAAAAGCCGUAUGUCUGCGAGGCAUGCGGCAAGGGCUUCACCUGCUCAAAACAGCUCAAAGUCCACACACGAACCCACACAGGUGAAAAACCAUACACCUGUGACAUCUGUAACAAAUCAUUUGGUUACAAUCAUGUCUUGAAGCUCCAUCAGGUAGCUCAUUAUGGACAGAAAGUCUACAAAUGUACACUUUGCUGUCAAACAUUUAAUUCGAAGAAGACAAUGGAGGCGCAUAUCAAAACUCAUGCAGACUCAACAACAUCACCCAGGGAUUCACCGAUUGAGCCGGUUAUUGAGAUAUCGCAGAGCAUCAAUGGAAUCAAUAUAAACUCUAAUCAUUCGGAGCACUCGAGUAGCUCAGAUGGAAGUGUUAUCAGCAGCAGCAGCAGUGACAAAGAGAACAGCAAGACUGAGGAGGUGAGGGAGCUUUACGAGACUGGAGAUAGGGAGUUUCCGUAUUAUUUGUAUCCGAGGGAGCAGAGCCAGGGGAUGUAUGGGCAGGGACAGGGAGUCAAUCCUGCAUUAUUGGCGGCUGCCGCUGCUGCGGCUGCUGCUGAAGACAAGGUAUUCGGCGCGCAGGAUGUGCCAACUGCACCGGUUUACAUGUAUCAGGAUGCUGGGUGUGGCUAUGAGCAGGGAUAUGCGCUGCAGGUUAAUGAGGAGUGUCAGGGAACACUGAUGAAUUUGGCUGGUAAUGAUGCCAGGAGGAGGGUGGAGGCUGCUCUGGAGGCAGUGGAGGUCGAGAGGAGGGAAUUUGGAGGGAUUAUGAUGAAGCAGCAGAUACUGACACCGCCUAGCAGCAAUCCGGUAUCACCAGCACCGUCUCCUGAUCCACUGGAUCUGGCUGUACCUGCUAGGGAGACACUCAUCUUGCCACCGAGGAAGAGGUCAAAGAUGAUUCUGGAGAGCAUGGAGAGUGAGAGGUGUGAGAAUGCUGCACAGAGACAUAGCUCGGUUAUUCAGUUUGCUAGGGCGUCUUAGUGGGAUGGGGUGAGGACGAGGGGAGAAUGUGCAGGGAGAAAGUGAUCGGGAUGAGUGAGAUCUUUGGGGUGGAGUCGGGAGUCGUUUACCGAAGAGGUAUUCUGGCUUUUUUCGACUGUUGAAAGUAUUCCAUUCAGAAUUUGACGAUUAUCUUGACAAUGAUGGGGUUCAACUGAAAAUAUUGCAGGACUUUUUUUGUGGCUCAGUAAAUGCGGCAUAAAAAAGUUCUGUGAAGUUGGAGUUUAAGUCGAAUGUUGAUUUUUCAAUUGUUAAUCUGAAAAAAUAUCAGAAAGGUGUGGGAAAGGGCGGAGACAUUGAAGGGUUUUUUUUAUUGCUGAUGAAGAGGGGAAGGAAAAGGACCUUCGAUGCCGUUCUCUGAAUUUUUGAGAGAUUAGAAGCGAGAAAGAUCGUCUCCGUCAUUUUUCCUCUGAGAAAUAAUUUUCCCUGCACAAAAAUUAAUGUUAAGAAAAGCGUGCCGAAUAUUAAUGAACAAAAACAAUCCUAAAAGAGCACGUGAAUUCGAAAUCUAGAGAUCGUAAAGUUUUUGAGAGUUAUUUAUUAAAAGUCCCGAUAUUGGGACAAGCGUUUGAAUCGUGUCGUUUCGUGUACGUGUGUAAUCGUCCCUUAAUCUCAUUAUUAUUUUAUCAAUUCAAUUUUAUAAUUCGGUUAUCUCAAGUCGCAAAAUUCACGAAUAAGAGAAAAAAAAACAAGAAGUAAAAAUGAAAAAAAUUACAAAUCCCGUUUUUAAAAAUUUACCCAAAAGAAUUUAUUAUUUAUGAAGAAAAAGAAAAUGUCAAACAUUUAUCAUUUUCUCGAUUGUUUAAUAUUAUUAUUUUUUUUAAUAUUAUUUUUUAUUUGUUAUUCAUUAAAAACGUCGUGGCUAGACUAAAAAAGCACCAAACAAUUGAUAUCUCUGUGAUAAGAACUCCGUACUACCAGAGUAUUGAGGGUAGCUGAGCCCACUGCCAGUACAAGCGUAUAAUUAUUAUUAAAAUUUCUCCUCAUCGACCUAUUAAUUAUUUUCCUUAUUUCCAUUAUUACGAUUUAAAUCAUUUUCAAUGUCUCAACGUUGUCUGACAAUUGCAGACUUAUCAGACUGAUAUUUACGUGUACAACCAUAAAAAAAACAAUCAUCGAAAAAUCAUUUUUCACAACAGAUAAACAAAACAUUUCUCAAGAAACAUCACGCCACGCAGUGCCUGAACUGUUUCCUCAAAAUGUUAUUUUCAUUCAUUAAAAUUGUAUUUUUCAUUCGUUUAGUUUCAACAUUAUUUUUCCUUCAUAGUAUAUGAAACGAGGUUUUCCAAAAAUUCUCAGGACAGCCCCUACAUGGGGCAUCAUAGAUACAUAUUGUAGAUGAUUAAUAGUUUCGUUUUAAAGUUUGAUGAAGUGGAAGAGCCGUGGGGGUGGAUUAUAUCGAUAGAAAGGUAAUUUUUUGAUUGGAAUAGAGGUGAAUUCAUCCCCAAAACUGAGUGAAAGUCACAGCAUCAAUAAAAAUUGGAGAUUAAUCUCCAUUUUUAUAGAAAAUUCUCAAAAAAAAAUGAUGAAUAAAAACCAUUGUUAACAAAAUACAUCGUUUAUUCUUAUCAUGCUUAACGAAAAAUUAUUCCCGCACUGAACAGUCUUAAUAAAAGGACAUGAAGGACGCAACGAAAAAUCAGGAAAAAUGGCUAAUGAGCACAAUUCAGGAAUUUAUGGAGCCCAGGGUCAAAAGGACUGCUGAAGACUCGACCAGUUGAUCCUCCACCUUCACUGUCGCAGCAUCAUUUGACCCUGGACUUUAAACGUCCUCACAAAAUGAUUUGACCCUCAACUCUGAAUAUCCUCAAUACCCAUUGGACCUCAAUUCUAAAUGUGUUUACUAGCCAUUUGACUCUCAAUUCUAAACGUUUUCCAAACGAUUUAAACCUCAGCUCCAAAGAUGUUUACGAAUGAUGACGCCCUCACAAUCAUUUGGCCUUUACUCUGAACGUCCUCGAGGGUCGAUUGACCCUCAAGGAAAAAGAAAAAAAUUCCCUGAACUUUGGAACAAUUUUUUAUUGGGAUGAAUUCACGAUAGUCCAGUAUAUUUCCCCCAUCAUCGAAAUAAUUUCCCUUCAUCAAGCUGAUAAAUGAAAAAAUAGUGCCAGCACCGGUUAUCGAAAGCACCAGUCGCCGUGUCAUAAUCCCAUGCAUUGAAAUCACUAUUUCAUGCACCAGUGUUGCCUUAAACCUCUGGGCUCAUUACAAUAUAUACCUCGUGCUUAUCGUCCGGCUGGCAAUUAACGAAAAUUUCAUAUUUUUAAAUGUUUCUGACGAACAUAAUCGAGUAUAAUCAUUCGCUCGUUACAUUCUCAAGUAUGUGUACAAAGACUGGCAAUAGAGUGUGUGCGAUUAAAGAAUAUUAUAUUGUAGUUAAAAUUCGAGGCUGAUGUAAUGGUUAGAGGGCACACCCUGUCUUUACUAUUGAUUGAUUAAUUAAUUGAUAAAAUGAAGAAAUUGAUUGAGUUUAACUAGAAGAGAAAAUUUGGAGUGCGAAAUAUAUAUUUACGUGCGGUGUUCGAUUUUGCUAAUGUUAAGAAAUAUAUCUCAAAACAUAAUUAAUAUAUUUCGCGAUUAAUUGAUAAUUGAGUAGUGAAAGGAUAGACAACGGCGAUGAACCUCAAAAUUGGAGACUUUCCAUUGCCAUUAACUCGGAAACGAGUCGACUUAGAAAAAAAUGUCACAGGAGCAGUUUUAUGGAGAAUCAAAUUAUCUUUCAACAAGGUCUCAACACAUUUAUCUCUAAACCGCCUCCUUAUCGAGAUAAACUCAAAUUUCAAAUCUAUAAUCAACAAAUCCACUUCUGAAUUAAUCCCAGAUCUCGCCCAUUUGAUUAAUAAAAUGAUAAAAUAAAAUUGAAUAAUUAUUAGUGCCAGUCUGAUCGAAUAAAAAGAAUACGGAACCGCCUGCCAUUACAAGCAUAUAUCUUAAAUUAAGUAAUUAAGAUAAUUAUGAGAUAAAAAUGGAGAAAAAAAAUUAUUAAAGCGAAGUUUUCUGCCGAAUGACUCUUGUUGUGAGUGUGUGCAUUGUAUAUAUUGAUUACAUUAUUUAUGAAUUAACAUUGAAGCAUGUUACAUUCUCAUACUCAAACGAAUUGCCCGAAAAUCGAUAGUGAAACAAUCGCACGGUGAAAAGAAUUUCCAUUACAUAAUAUGGAAUUGAAAUGAACAAAAAAAAAACGUACUAGUUAAUCAUAAAUGCGUAACCUAAUGAUUUUAGGGUUUUAAUUCAAUAUCUAUCAUCCUGUAUUGUCAUGAUCGUGUGUUGUUACGUUGUUUUAAGUUUCUCACUGUCUUUUUCAUUUCGCAUUAGUUCUUUUGUACAUAAUGACGAAAAUCAAUGAAAUUUAUAUAUUUAGGUGUAAGAGGUUGUCUGUUGGAUUACAUAAUUUAUGGUAUAAUUGAUUUAUUGUGGUAAUUAUUUCAUUUUGUGAAUGAAAAAUACAUGCACCUCGACGAACGAGAGAAUUUAAGGAAGAUUAAACUUUUUAAUUACGAGAAA